AUGGCCCAGAGCAUGGUUUAUGCUGACCUGAGGUUUGCCAAGGUGCCCACAGGACGCAGCACGGCCUGCCAGGCCCUGGAGGCAGCCUUGGGCAUGGACGAGGCGGAGAGCCCCUACGAGAACAUGCAGCAGGGACAGGCGCCCACAGGGCAGGACGAGCAGGGGCCCCAGCCCAGCCCAGGGCCUUGGUGCCGGCUGCGGUCCAUCCCCGUGGGGCUGCUAGCAGCGUGCUGCUGGCCAUUGCUGCCGCCCUGGGCGGUUGCUAUGGGGCUGGAGGUGGCGCAGGCACGAGCGGAGCUGCAGCGCGCCUGGCUCGAGGGCAACAGCAGCCAGCUGGAGCUGCAAAGCCUGGACUUGGAGCUGGAUCGCACCAUGGAGGUCCUGAGGACGGUGGAGAAGGAGCUGCAGGAUGUGAAGGGGAAGCUCAAUGCCAGUGAGAGCACCGUCAGCAGCCUGCGCUCUUGCUCCAAUAUUGAUUGCUGCCCCUCGGGCUGGGUGAUGUACAGAAACAAGUGUCUCUUCAUCUCGGCGGAGAAGAAGACCUGGGAGGACAGCAGAGCAGAUUGUGAUACGAAAAUUUCUCACCUCCUUAUCACCAAAUCCUGGAGCCGCUGGACCGUUCCGAACUUCCUGAAGAACUCAGAUACCCCGUACUGGAUUGGGCUGUACAAGAGUGGCUAUCCCUGGUUCGAGUAUGGGUACGGGCUGGAGGAAGAGGAUCCAAGCGAAGAGGGUGGGACAGAUGCCUGGAUCUGGAUCGACGGUUCUCUUUAUGAGAGGUCCUGGCAGUGGAAGUCCAAUGGGUCCUGCGCCAUAAUAAGCCAUGGGAGCAUCAAACCCGCUCAGUGCAAUGGCGACAAUGACGUGCACUUCUGGAUCUGUGAGAAGGCACCCGGCCCGAGCAGCCCUUUCCUGAUGGGGUAG